UUCACCUUUUAAAUUGUCUAAUGAUCCUUUAACGAUUCUUGAUAUUGAGUAGUAUUGUCAUGAACAUUCGGUGUUGUAUCAAAUGCUUCUCGUAGUUAGUUCCUUUUUUAGAAAUAUAAUUUGUACAGUAAAUUAUAUAUAAACAGGUUCACCAUCGCCCCGCAAGAAACGCAACAACUCGACUCCUACAAAGAAAAACGCAGCAGAGAAAAAACAAAUACUUCAACAGUUGAUUAGUCCAGCCUCAGCUAAUGACCAUUCAAAAAAGAUAACAAUGGGAGAGCUAAUACAAAUGUCAGAGAAGCGUACAUUAAGCACAGUUGAAAGUGCACCAGCUUUUGUUGAAUAUGGUGUAGAUAAUAAAGACACAUCAUUUGCCAGUGAAGGCUCUACUCCAUCGACUUCGCCAUCGAUGAGGCAUAUAUCAGACCCGAAACUGGAGAAGAAAGUCACUUUUGCUAGGUUAUUGAAUAAAGUAUCAGCUGAAAUGAGCUCCAGUUCUGAUGUAGACAUGGUAAACACUAUAGCUAUUCCAAUGGCUGUUAUAGCUGAUAGAACAGUUAAGGCUAAAGCGUCAAGCACUCCCCCAUCCCCAGGUGUAGAAGUUAGAUCUCCACAUAGCACCUCAAGCAAUCAAGGCAGCGACUCUAUGUCAAGCCUCGACUUGACUUUAGCUCAUGCUGCCUUAAAGAAGUAUUCGAGAACUCCAAAAAUUUCAAGUGCGGACUCAAUACUAGCAAUGUUCCGAAACUUCUCGUCAUCAACCGCCGCUGUGUCCAGAGCGUCUUCCGGCGGUAUAUCGGCGUCCAGCACCCCGACUGCCUCGUCUCCACAGGACGACACCGUCGACGACGACAUAUCUCUCGCCUCAUCACACAUACCCUCACUAGCGCCCGAUUCACCGGUCGCUAGACCUCACAACACCAUUGAGAUUCAGGUUCUUGAUCCGCUGAGCGCUCACAAAUCAACUAAUUCAGGAAGCAAUCUACUUCACCCUCCCUCAAUCCUUCUUGAAGUUCCGAGUACUAUAAACAAAUGCCUAUCACCAAUACGAGAACUCCCCACUCCUUUACCAACUCCUCUGCCAACUCCCUUAGCAACACCUUUACCUUCGCCGAGAAUGCCCAGAUCCAAAAUGGAAUCAGAUAUCAAGAGUGAAUCAACAACUUGUCUUUCCCCUAGCGAAGACGAAUUAGAUGAAAUCAAACCGGAAAAACCUGAACGACCCAGUACAGGCUUAAGAUUAAAGUUACGACAGCCAGCGAUUAGUAUAGACACGCCGACGCCGUCCACUCACGUGACUGAUUCGCCUACUCCCAGUUUCACGCACAGCCAAGAUUCGGAACGCGAGAUGUCUUCUCCGUCACCUGCGCCACCAACAUUAAGAGUUCCAGUCCUCAUGAUUGAGCGACCGUCACCAGGCUCGCCACCACCGAGACGAACACCUCCACAUUUAGAAUUCCAGCCACCACCGUUGAUAACAGUCACCUAUAACGCUAGCGAAGAAUCAGACGAACCACUUUCUCCGAGACCACCGCCUCCAUCAGCAAACAUGUGCUAUUUAAGUCCAUUUUCAAUGUCCGCUCGCGGUGAGAGAGCGCCUUCAGAAUCAAAUCUAUCAUCAUCUGGGUACAGUUCCAUGGCAAGCCCGGGUCCAUCCCGGUGCGGUUCGAGCAAUCCGCUUUGUCCUUCAGAAAUGGAAGAUCCAGGUUCAGGAGGUGGACCAUCGUGUUUUCAGCCAAGACGACGACCUUUGAUGAAAACCAAUUCGAGUCCUGCCGGUUCGAGUAACGAUAAUAAUGAACGGCGACGCGGCAGAUCCGAUUCGGAAACUUUGUCCGAUGAUCCUCUGCUAGAGUCUAACGACGAAGGGAUCGGCACCGAUGAAAGAGUCGAUGACGUACCCUCAAGUGCUAAAGAAAUGGAGAAUUUGGUCCUUUUGAAGGAGACUUUAGAGAUACCUCAAAUUUGUUCCCCGAGUGGUGUAACGAAAUGUUCUAUAGUGAAAUGUAUAAGUGUUGAGAGAGGAUUAGAUGAAAGAACUAGCUUGAAGCCACCGAUGUUGCUGUCUGACGGCAGCCGACCGCUCAGCCCCGUUAGCUCUCGUAGUGAAAGUCCACUAAGUGAUAAAACGGGCAUGGGAAGAUUUUCUCCGCAGUUUUAUGGACGUCAGCUACCAUUUACAGAUUCAGACGGCCUGUACGACUUUCCUAGUUCUGAGUGUGUAAAGGGAGGUAUUUGUAAAGCAGGAAACAAUGCACACAGAAAGGCUGGCAGAAGAAGAGAUCGACGGACAACGAGAACUGUUUCACAUGAUGUGUCAGUCGCAACUAAAACAACACUUCCUCAUAUGCCGCAUUCUAUGCACAAUUUGCUUGAGGUGCCAUGUUGCAACCGCGGCCGAAAGGUAGGUAGACGUCGUUCUCGGUCGCAGGCGCCGGCGCUCGCCUCCUCCUCAUCAUCAGAAGACACCGUGAGCAAUGCUUCAGUGGCAUCUGUAGCAUCAGCACGGGAAUUGCGACUACCGCCAGAUUUAGAAAUGCAGCCGUGUGAGGUCCGCCAAAGAAAACCGCUUCGGAGACAAAAGUGCCGUAGUUCUGAGGAUACUUCGUCAAAAAUAUCAUCAAGCUUGGACCUGACUGAGGACUCGCGUAAGCCGGUCAAAGUCAACAAGCUGAGGACCAUAAGCAAUCAGAUAAGAUUUCUCCGUCGACUGGAACGUAGCCUAAAAAUGAAGGAAAGUUAUCCCGCGCUGUCAGAUGACGAAGGUGACGAAUCGUCGAGCGUCACAUCACCUUUGCUGCAAGGACGGAAAGAUAUGAAUCCGAUGGGAGGCCACGCGAUAUCGGCGCCUCUGCUGUGUGCCGCGAGACCCAAAAUGAUGAGGCAAAGGCGUUACGACAAGUCGUUGUUAAGUGAGGAAAAUAGGACGUUAAAUGCCGCGGGGAACGACAAUUCCGAUUAAGUUUUAUGGUGACUUGUGAUCUUGUUAAAUUUCUACGAUUUUAUACAAAUUUUUGUGUUGUCUACUAAUUGCUGUACCUGUCUGUAUCGUCGUAUUCAAGUUCAAAAAUAACAAAAUCUAUUCACCGAUUUGAGGUUAACUAUUAGGCAGCAUUUAUAGCCUGCAUUUUGACAGCUGUCAUAUUGACAUUUAUGUAUACAAGAUUCUAAUGUAAUUGUGAUAUAUAGACCGAUAGGGCUAUCUCAACCGGUGGUCUUAAGUCAAACUAAAUUAUAAGAGCUCACUAGCGCCCCCCUGUCAACGUCAAAAACUAAAUCGAACUAUUGGUUUCUGGCAUCAAAAUGUCUGUAUAAAGCAGUUAUCUUUGUCAUUGUCUAUGACAAAACAAAGUUAACAAUGUAUUUUAAACGGGGAUUAUGAUCUCCGGAACCCAUGGUAAGUAGGUUUGAUACAUAUUCUGUACCUGUAUGAACCAACCGCGAUAGUAGCGCCCCUCACCGGUUCAGAUAUCCUUGUUUGACUAUACUUAAUAAGUAAUUCAAUGUAGUGCUAUAUGUAUACAGUAGAAUGUUACUUCAUUUUUUUUGUUUUUCUUUAGUUCUACUUUGAAUGAUUAGAACGCACCUAUUAGAAAAGGCUUGAUGAUGUAAGUAAUUAUCUUAUAGCAAUAACAAAAUUUUCUAGAAAUUAAUCAUGUUCUUAGAUAGAGCAGUUGUAGAUGGUUGUCCUGCACUACUCAAACUUAUUUUUUUUCAUUGUUGAAGUAGCCCUAGUCCCCCUUACUUAGGUUAGGCUCCGAGCCCCUCUAUGGGGACACAUAGUGAGCUGGUGAUGAUGAACUAGUGCUGUAUAUAAUAAGUUUGUAUUUGAAUUACUUUAUCCAGAUAUUCCUUAAACAUUUAAAAUACCAUAAAGUCCUUCUCCAAGAUUUAUUCUUUUUUGCGUAGAUAAGUACCCAGUUCAAAAUAAUUCUCAGAUGUUUUUCGCAUGCUAACACAAAUUGAAUUUUGGUGU